AUGGCGAAACCAGUCGAAAUCAGCUCUGGACGCCAGUUCAGCUCUCUACUGGACAGCUCCCGCGUUGUAGUGGUAGACUGUGAUUUGGUCUAUGCCGAUUGGUGUGGUCCAUGCAAGAACGUUGCUCCUGUGUACGAGCAACUUGCUGCACAGCUCUCACGACCGAAGAUUGUCACAUUCGCAAAAGUCAAUGUCGACAACCAGACUGGCAUUGCCGAGACAUAUGAGAUAACAGCGAUGCCUACCUUCCUCGUCUUCAAGAAGGGUGUGGAGGUCUCAAGAGUGAGGGGUGCCGACCCCAAGGCUCUACAGGAUACCAUAAAGAAGAUCGCGGCCGAGGCCGACUCAGACUCGAGCGGCGGCUUUGGAGGAGAAAGCAGUGGCACUGGCAACGGAGGCACCUGGCGCGGUGCUGAACUGGCUCGCGGCUACAGCGAUGUUACGGAGCACGUCGACACAAAAGGACUAGACUUGUUGAAUCGCGACAGUGACUUUGGAGAAGCCCGAGUCCUCUUCGAUCUAGGCAAACCUUCGGCGCUGGACCUCGAUGGCGCAAAGGGCAAAGGCAAGGCCACCGAUACCCAGAAGAAGACUGACUGGGUGGAGAGCGAUACGGACGAGCAGCUCAUGCUGUACAUCCCCUUCAACAUGACCAUGAAGAUACACACCAUACAGAUCACAUCCCGUCCGCCACGAGUGCCCGAAGGUGAAGAUGAGGAUGACGAGCUGCCAAUGCGGCCCAAGACUGUCAGAAUCUACUCGAAUCGCGCGCACAAUCUCGGCUUCGACGAGGCCGACGACAUCACACCGACUCAAGAGAUUGAGCUGAAACAACAGGACUGGAACGAAGAGACUGGCACCGCCCGUCUGGAGCUGAGAUUUGUCAAGUUCCAGAAUGUCACCUCGCUUGUCGUGUUCAUUGUCGACGGCGAUGGCGAGAGUGAGAGGGUGCGUCUAGAUAGGAUCCGCAUAAUCGGAGAGACCGGUGAGAAGCGAGAGAUGGGCAAGCUUGAGAAGCAGGGUGAUGAUGAUAGUUGAAGGCUGGAGAGGCAGGAUGAUGAGGAUAGUUGAGGGAGCGAACGUUCAUGUACGUCCUGUCCUGCAUGGCGAGGGAGUCGAACUUGGGAAUUUGAACACUUCAUACCAGUCACAGCCACAGCGUUGGACAGGCUGAUGCUCCUGUACUCUUCCACAUAGAUAAAAGGUAUGUAGUAGAAUUUAGGCACAAUAUCUGCCGGGAUCACCAAGGCCCAAUCAACCG